GGCUGCUGCUGCUGCUGCUGCUGUCAGCUGAAAAAUGGCCGCGCUGCUGCACGUCGUAUCAAAACAAGCUCCGCAAUUGAAUCGCAAUCUUCUCGAAGGGAUACGACUUUCGUUUAAAAAUCAUCACCCGCUGAGCGAAACUCACUGCCGGCUACAGUCUCGGCAACUGCAUGUAAGUGCGGUCGCCGUCGCGAACUGGUACCAUGAUAACCGGAAAAGGAAACACUCGGAACCAUGGGGGCUGCGGCGAACCUAUGCCACCCAGGGAGCGCUGCCGGAGAAGAAUCAGCAAGCGACCGAGAACGCUCUGCUGAAUAUCUUUCAAAAGAAGCGGAAAGCGCCAUGGGAAAUCCGAACCACCGAUUCGUCCCAUAGUGCGUCACGACAACGACCGCAAACACAGCAAGAACGGUACUACCGUCGAAGUGGCGAUAGUAGCAUGGCGAACCGAUUGCAUCCUUCCUCCUCCUCAUCGUCAAUGCUCAGGGGGCCACCGCUAGCGAAACCAACAUCCGCCAUUACAUCGAACGGGUCGUCCUUCCUUCUCUCCGCAACUCAACCUUCACUGCAAGCUCCAUUCACGAAACAACCACCACCCAUUCGUCAUUGUUUCCAUCUAGGGCACCAUCCGGCCUCGGGCGAAUCGAUCGGGACGUACGAUGGGCCGGAGAUUACCGCGACGGAUAUGAUCAAAGCGAUGGCGACCUACAUCUGGCCCAAAGACGAUGCGAUGGUGCGGAAGCGGGUUCUAAUUUCCCUGGGCCUACUGGGCGGCGCAAAGGUGCUAAAUGUGUGCGUCCCGUUCCUGUUCAAAAUGGGAGUUGACAAUUUGAACGUGCUGAGCAUGGACACGGUACCACAGGCGGCUUCCGCGUUAACCAUUUCCGUGCUGUUAGGAUAUGGCAUUGCCCGUGCCGGUGCAGCCGGUUUCAACGAGCUUCGGAACGCCGUGUUUGCCCGCGUGGCACAGCACUCGAUCCGUAAAAUUGCCACCAAUGUGUUCCUGCAUCUGCAUAAUCUCGAUCUACAGUUUCAUCUCAGCAAGCAAACGGGUGCACUUUCUAAGACAAUAGACCGCGGAUCGCGUGGCAUUAACUUUGUGCUGACGGCGAUGGUGUUCAACGUCGUGCCGACCAUGUUCGAGCUGGCGCUCGUGUCGAGCAUCCUCGGUAUGAAGUGCGGUAUGGCGUAUGCCGCCCUGUCGAUGGGCUGUGUCGGCGUGUACAGCGCGUACACGCUCGCGGUGACCCAGUGGCGCACCAAGUUCCGCAUCUACAUGAACCAGGCCGAGAAUGAGGCGGGCAAUAAGGCGGUGGACUCGCUGAUCAACUACGAAACGGUAAAGUACUUCAACAACGAACAGUACGAAGCGAACCGGUACGAUCAGGUGCUGAAGAAGUACGAGGAUGCGAGCCUUAAGACGAGCACCAGCCUGGCCCUGCUGAACUUUGGCCAGAAUGCCAUCUUCAGCGUGGCGCUCAGCACGAUUAUGGUGAUGGCGGCGAACGAAAUCGCCCAGGGCCGCAUGACGGUGGGCGAUCUGGUGAUGGUGAACGGGCUGCUAUUUCAGCUAUCCAUCCCCCUCGGGUUCCUCGGUAGCGUUUAUCGCGAGGUGCGGCAGGCCCUGCUCGACAUGCGCACCAUGUUCACGCUGAUGGGCGUCCAGAGCGCCAUCCAGAGUCGGGCGAAUGCGCCACCGCUCGAUGUGCGGCGCGAGACGGCCUCGAUCGAGUUCCGCAACGUGGGCUUCCGGUACGCGCAGAGCAACGAAAUUUUCAAGGAUCUUUCCUUUACCAUCCCGGCGGGGAAGAAGAUAGCGAUCGUGGGAGGAUCCGGGUCGGGCAAGUCGUCGAUGGUGCGACUGCUGUUCCGCUUUUUCGAACCGAGCACGGGCGAGAUUCUGAUCAAUGGGCAGAACAUACGGGAGGUGGAUUUGCAGAGCCUGCGGAAAGCGAUUGCGGUGGUGCCGCAGGAUUCCGUCCUGUUUCACGACACGAUCCGGCACAACAUCCACUACGGUGAUCUGUCAAAGUCGCAGACGGAGCUGGAAAAUGCUGCCCGUAUGGCGGACCUGCACGAUUCGAUCCUGCAGUGGCCGAAGCAGUACGAAACGCAGGUCGGCGAACGGGGCCUGAAGCUGUCCGGGGGAGAAAAGCAACGGGUAGCGAUUGCGCGCGCCAUCCUGAAGAACUCUCCGAUUCUGAUCUUUGACGAGGCUACCAGCAGCCUGGAUUCCAUCACCGAGCAGAACAUCCUGCAAGCGCUGGCAAGGGCGACGGACAAUCGUACCAGCAUCUGCAUUGCUCACCGUCUGUCCACCGUGAUGGACGCGGACGAGAUACUGGUGCUGGAGAAUGGGCGCGUCGGUCAGCGCGGUACGCACGAUCAGCUGCUCCGAAGCGGCGGCCUUUACACGAAGCUGUGGGACACACAGAACCGGCUGUACAACAUUGGCAGCAAAAACCCGACCAAACCGGAGGGGGAUGAGAAGAAUUAAAUUAGCUUAGUAGGACGAAUACCGGUGAUUUUGAAGGCGGGAAAACUGCGGGAGACGAAACACUAUUGUUGACUAUUUUUAAAAACCAACCCCUACCAAUAAUAAUGCCCAUCAAGCCUCGAGUCCAUUGGCGGAAGAAGGAAAAGUUAGAUGAGAAUUGUGUAUAAUUUAAUCCGUUUAUAAUUUUCGAUUAAAAUCGAGUUAAAUUAGGAACAUUGAAUGUGCUGUGUACAGUGAAAAUAAAA